AUGUCGCGCCGUCUGAAUAGAUACUUCAACUCCAACAACACACCUACAGCACCCGCAGCAUCUGCAAGCUCCACUUCCAACUCUACAGCACAGCUGAACAGCAUCUUCGAUAAAUACCAUGAGGCUGGCGAUCCACCUAAUAUCAUUGGCGUCAACGGCGCAAUGAGGUACCUCCAAGAUAUUGGUAUCGGCCUAGAAGAGCCGACCGUUCUCGUCGUUGCAGAACUCUUAAAAGCUCCUACCAUGGGGGAGUUCGCUCGGGAAGGAUUCGUUGACGGGUGGAAGGCAUGCGGCUGUGAAACCCUCGAUAAACAGCGUGCGCGAGUUCCCGCUCUCAGGAGCUCUUUCGGCAACGAUGAAGCCGUAUUCAAGAAGGUCUACCUCUUCACCUACAACUUUGCACGCUCUCCAAACCAGAAAUCCCUCCCGCUAGAGUCCGCUGUGGAGUAUUGGAAGUUACUGUUCGCGUCGCGGUUUAAGGCGCAGAUGGAUAAUUGGAUCGAGUUUUUGGAGACGGAGUACAAGCGUAGCAUCGCGAAAGAUACGUGGAACUGCAUGUACGAUUUUGUCCAAUUAGCGGAUGCGGACCCAACACCGGAGUUAGCGAGCUACGAUAUUGAUGGUGCCUGGCCUUCAAUACUGGACGAUUUUGUAAAUUAUGUCCGUAAGAAGCAGGGAGCGAGUGGGAUGGACACAUCUUGA